AUGGUCUCGCGCAUUCGGAGUCGAGAGCCCGGUCAAACUGCGAAAUUCAGUCAUCCACUCACCCAUACCAAAACAAGUCCCGAUGUCAUCGUCGAUUUUGAAGGACCGGAUGAUCCUUACAGACCGCUGAACUGGAGUUUCAGGAAGAAGGCUAUCACGACUGUGUUGUAUGGGUUAACUACUAUGGGUUCGACGUGGGCGAGUUCAAUCUACUCGACGGGUCAGGCAGAGAUUAGUAAGGAAUUCGGCGUCUCGAGUGAGGUCGCUACACUCGGCACUUCAUUACUCUUGUUCGGCUUGGGAUUGGGCCCGUUGAUCUGGGCGCCUCUCUCUGAGCUGUAUGGACGCAAAACGGCGGUUUUACCGCCAUACUUUCUCGCGGCUAUCUUUUCAUUCGCGACAGCCACCGCGAAGGACGUACAGACUAUCAUGAUCACUAGAUUCUUUACGGGCUUUUUCGGCUCCGCCCCGGUUACCAACACCGGCGGAGUUCUGAGUGAUAUCUGGACCCCCGAACAGCGCGGAGCUGCCAUUGUCGGCUAUGCCAUGGCCGUGGUGGGCGGGCCUGUCAUUGGGCCUAUCGCGGGUGGUGCUAUCGUACAGAGCAAUCUGGGAUGGCGCUGGACUGAAUACAUCACCGGUAUCAUGAUGCUUUUCUUCCUGGCCAUGGACCUCCUCUUCGUCGACGAGAGCUACCCACCAGUUCUGCUAGUUUACAAGGCGCAACGCCUACGCUUCGAAAGCGGAAACUGGGCUCUCCAUGCACGCCACGAAGAGUGGGAUGUGACGCUUAAAGAAAUCGGCAAUAAGUACCUCAUCCGUCCCUUCCAACUCCUCGCAACCCCAAUCUGCUUCCUCGUCGCCCUUUAUGCAUCAUUCGUCUACGGCAUCCUCUAUCUCAGUCUGGCGGCCUUCCCAAUCGUCUUCCAGGAAAUACGCGGCUGGAAUCAAGUCGUCGGCGCCCUCCCCUUCCUCGCCUACCUAGUCGGCAUUUUAAUGGGCGGAGGAAUAAACCUUGCCAACCAGAAAUUCUACAUCAAGCGCUUCAAAGCGAACAACAACCGCCCCGUACCAGAAGCCCGUCUCCCACCCAUGAUGCUCGGCUCUGUACUCUUCGCCGGCGGCAUGUUCGUCUUCGGUUGGACAAGUCCGAAGGAUAUCCACUGGAUCUGCCCCAACAUCGGUGCGGUCAUGAUGGGCUUUGGCUUUUUCACGAUCUUCCAGGCCGCUCUGAACUACCUCAUUGAUACAUUCCAAAAAUACUCCGCCAGCGCUAUCGCUGCAAACACUUUCCUGCGCUCGAUGUUCGCCGGCUGUUUCCCGCUCUUCACAACCGCCAUGUUCCAUAAUCUUGGUGUUCCUUGGGCUGCUAGCUUGUUGGGCUUCAUUUCCGUUGCUCUCAUCCCCAUUCCAUAUCUUUUCUACAAGUUCGGGAAGCGGAUCCGAGCACGCGGGACGUGGUCACGAGACUCUGUUUAA